AUGGAACAUUUCCACCGGCAGCUGAAGACAGCCCUCCUGGCCCCGCUCCAUCCUUCCUGGUGGUCCAACAGUCUCACUCUAGUGAUGUUGUCUACCCGUUCUAAUGUCAAGGCGGACGUCGGUUGCGUCGCCUGUGGUAGCUCUUUGCCACACAUCCCGCCGCGUAGCUCAGCUGUCCCCGAUGACACUUUGCCUCCGUCCAAUGACUUCAGUCAUCUUCUUAGCUGUGUCGACCGCUUGGUUAAAACGAUCCCCUUGCCGAACAUGGAGGUGGACAUCAUCGUAAAGGUUUUUGUCAGUCGUUGGAUCACAAUAUUCGGUGUCCCAUCCACGAUUUCGACCGACCGAGCCUGCCUCAACUUUGUCGGCUGCACGCGAAUUAGAACGACGGCCUACCAUCGGGCUGCCAACGGCAGGGUUGAGCGUUUUCACCGCCAGCUAAACAUCGCCCUGCGUGCCGCACAGAACGCAGCCGACUGA